CCCUUUGCCGCACUCUGCCACCAUGUUUCUCUACCAGCUGCUCAACUUCUUCUUCGCGGCAUCCCAAAAGGAGGAGGAGGACGACUCUAAGUAUGACUUGUCCCUCUACAAGUGCGGUGACCUUUUAGAGGUCCCCAGGACGCUAUUCACACAUUUCGGUAUCUACCUGGGCGACAACCGCGUGGCUCAUCUCAUCCCGGACAUCCUGCCCGUGAUUACCAGGAAUAAAUCAGCGAUUGCCAAGAUGGUGACGAACAACCGGCUGCUGCUCGGGGUUAUCACCAAGGUUGCCAGCGUCAGAGUGGACUCUGUGGUGGAUUUCGCCUACGGUUCAGAGAUCCUCAUCAACCACAUGGACAAAGUGUGCAGCCAGCCGCCGCUAGAUGGGGAUGAGGUGGCUCGGAGGGCGGAGAAACUCUUGGGCUCGGUCAACUACAGCUUACUGUGGUACAACUGUGAACACUACGUCAUGUACUGCAGAUACGGGAUGGCCAUCAGCUACCAGACGUACCAGUUCUGCACAACAGUGAGGAAGAUCGUGUGCAGCAGGAUGAACGCCUACCUGACUGCACUGUGCGGAGCGGGACUCGUGCUGUACCUGGGCUGCGUGACGCCGCUGACUGUUUUACCGACCGUGCUCAUCUCCUUCACCAUCUGGAUGGCGGCCUGAAGGCCUCACGAGUAAAGACUCUAUCCUAACUCACCAGUGGAUGGUGAAAUGAGGUCCUGUGGUUUGACUGUGUGACUCAAGGUCGCAGGGAAACAAAACCUGUUCUCAGCAAUAAAAUGUCUUUAUUUGGACGGUUGUAGAUUAUUUUAUAUAUAUGUCUAGAUAGUAUUAACUUUUUAUCUUGUUUUUUUAAAUGUAUCUGUUAUUCUUCAGCUCUGAUGUUCCACAUUAGUCUCGUUUAAGAGUAGCAGCACAGGAAAUCUUGAGAGACAUUAAAAAGAAGAAACUGACCCAUGAUAUAAACUUUAGCGAUGAUAUAUACGUGAUGUUUGUAGCAAGAGCUUGCAGGAAUAUCACAGUGGAUAUUGUUCUACAUUUUACGAUCAUUAAAAAAGAAAUUUGUCAGUGUUUUAUGUUCCCAUCGUGCUCUAUCCUAAAGGUUGGCUUGGACAAAGUGCAAUAACCUUCUUAUGUAAUAGUACUUUGAUAGAUUAAAUAUGUUUUCCUCUGUACAUUAAACAUGUAUUUCUACCUGUG